AGUGUGGUGCAGAGGUAGAAAAAGUUGUUAACCAUUUAUUUCAAUUUUCCAAAUCCCCUUUUCUCCAAACUUAAGUGCUAUCUGCUUCUGGUUCAGGUUCAGGUUCACUCUCACACUCACUCUCACAUUUCACCCUAUAUAUAUAACCCCCCCAUGGAGGAUCCUCCCCAAACCUAAAACCCCCAACCCCAAUUCAUUCUUCUCAACCAUGGCUGAUGAUGCCAGUAGCAAUUGCAACAGCAAUUCCCUCAUCCACCACCCCACAAACUUCAAGGGUGGAUGGCAUGCUGCCAUCUUCAUCAUAUUUGUGGAAUUCGCCGAGAGAUUUGCAUACCAAGGGUUGGCUAGUAACCUCAUCCAAUACCUCACAAAUGUUCUGAAUGAACCCAUCACAGAAGCAGCCAAGGAUGUGAACACAUGGGUGGGAGCCUCCUCUCUCUUCCCUUUGCUUGGUGGCUUCAUCGCUGAUUCUUAUCUGGGUCGCUUCAACACAAUACUCGUCUCAUCGCUCAUUUACCUCGUGGGCAUGAUUUUCUUGACACUUUCAGUGUCGGUACUCAAACACAAGCUGCUCUUUUUCGUGGCACUUUAUGUCCUCGCCAUAGGCGACGGAGGUCACAAACCCUGUGUUCAGACCUUCGCCGCCGAUCAAUUCGACGAGGACACGCCCGAGGAGAAGGAUGCCAAGAGUUCAUUCUUCAACUGGUGGUACUUGGGGAUUGUGGCUGGCUCAACUGCUUCUGUUUUCGUUGUGAUAUACCUUCAGGACAAUGUUGGGUGGGGGGUGGGGUUGGGGGUGCUGGCAGGUGUGUUGGCUUUGGCAUUGGCACUCUUCUUGUUGGGAAUCAAAAGGUACAGAAAGGAAGGCCCAACAGGGAGCCCAUUCACGAGGCUGGCCCAAGUUUUUGUUGCCGCGGCUCGCAAGUGGCGCGUGCAGUUCACGCAUGGCCAUGACAAUUAUUGCUACGAGGAGGAGGAGGAGGAUCAUGAGCCCCAUCAUCUCCAUGUUCAACCCAAAUUUCACACUUUGCUCCAUACUCAUCAAUAUAGACUUUUGGACAAGGCAGCGAUCAUUGAUGAAAUUGAUGCCAAAAGCAAGACAAGAGACCCUUGGAGGCUAUGUUCAGUGACACAAGUUGAGGAAGUGAAGCUUGUCCUUCGCUUGAUUCCAAUAUGGCUAAGUUGCUUAAUGUUCACUGUUGUACAAGCUCAAGUACACACAUACUACAUCAAGCAAGGUGCCACCAUGUUGCGUUCCCUAGGGCCACAUUUUCAAGUCCCUCCAGCAUCACUUCAAGGCCUAGUUGGAGUCACAAUCCUUUUAGCAGUGCCAUUCUACGACCGAGUCUUCGUGCCACUGAUGAGAAAAUUCACAGGAAAGCCAACCGGGAUCACAGUGCUGCAGAGAAUCGGGGUUGGACUUUUCUUAUCCAUAGUCAACAUGGUUGUGGCAGCACUCACGGAGGCCAAAAGGGUUAGUGUUGCAAGGGAGCAUGGCCUAAUAGAUGACCCCAAAGCAGUGUUACCAAUCAGCAUAUGGUGGAUGCUUCCUCAGUACAUGGUCACAGGGAUGUCUGAUGCAUUCACAAUUGUGGGGCUUCAGGAGCUGUUCUAUGACCAAAUGCCUGAGGCACUCAGGAGCUUGGGGGCUGCAGCAUACAUAAGCAUUGUGGGGGUUGGAAGCUUUGUUGGCAACAUAGUCAUAGUUGUGGUGCAGGCCAUAACAUCUAGGGCUGGGGACAAGUGGCUAGGGGACAACAUCAAUAGGGCACACCUUGAUUACUUUUACUGGGUACUGGCUGUUCUUAGUGCUGUUAACUUGUGUGUUUAUGUGUGGCUUGCUAAGGUUUAUGUGUACAAGAAAGUUGAUGAGGGUCAUCAAACAAGUCACCAAAACGGUUCUGGCCGCAACAAGUACAGAUCUGGAGUGUAGGGAAAAAAAAUAAAAAUAAAUGUUUGGCUUUGGUUUUGAUGUAGCUAAUGCCAACCAUUACAAAUCCAAGAUGAGAGUAAUUGAAGUCUAGAUGAACAAUGUAAUUCCAAUAACAAGUAAUAUUAGUUGCAUAUCUUGGGUUUCAAUAUGAGAGGGUUCAGUGAAUGAUCAUACUCUAUAUGUAAAGAGAGAGAGGGGGUAAUUUAGUUAAAUCCAGUUAUAUUUAUUUAAAAUUAUAAGUAUUUAAAGAC